CUGUGGGCGAUGCCCGGGCUGCGUUCCGGAGUCUGCGGACGACCACCCACACCCGCCCCCUCCGCCCGGUAGGCGUUCGAGCUCCAGAGCCCAGCAGCGCCAUCCCGUGCAGGAAGAGAGCUUAGCACCCAGCACGCAACCAGCACGCAGCCAGCGCCCCUAAGCUCAGACGGCUGGGCGACAGGAGGGAAUGACCGGCUCGGCCCCGAGCCUCCCGUGGCAGCAAAGGGGCCCUGGGUGCAGACGGCGCGAGCACGUGGGCGGGCCCGGAGCCUGCGUCACCCCUCCCCAGGGCCCGCACUCAGCAUCCCCUCGGGGCGGAGGAGGACUCCACCGUGGGCCGGGGUUCCCCUCCCGUCCCCUUUUUCCAUCACCGCGAGUAAAUUGCACCCUGUCGCUUUAAGGAGGCUCCGGCCACGGGGCCGCGGAAAGCCCGGAUGCGGCCUUUUUACUGGGCGGGGCGUCCCUGUGACGUCACCCGGGGUAUAAAAGGGCUCGGGUGGCGGGCGCCGGGGCAGAGCGUCCUAGCGGUGUCCCGGCGCGGAGAGGCGUGAGCGAGCGCGUCGUAUCCCCCCGCCCCGAGUGCACCUGCCGCCCGUCCCGUCCGCCGUCGAGCCGCGAUGGAGGUGCAGAAGGAAGCCCAGCGCAUCAUGACCCUGUCGGUGUGGAAGUUGUACCACUCCCGCAUGCAGCGCGGCGGCCUGCGGCUGCACCGGAGCCUACAGCUGUCGCUGGUCAUGCGCAGCGCCCGGGAGCUCUACCUCUCGGCCAAGGUGGAGGCGCAUGAGCCGGACGCGCCCUUGCCUCCCGCCCGCCCCGCCGACCCUCGCCUGCACCCGCCGCGGGAAGCGGAAGAAGCCACGACCGAGGCAGCGCCCCCCGACGGUGAGCAGCCCUCGCCCGAACCCAUGGACACGCAGGAGGCACCGGGAGCGGAGGAGGAGGCGGCCCCUGCCCCUGCUCGCUGCGCCCCGCGCCCAGUCAAGGCGAGCCGCAAGCGACGGAGCAGCUGCAGCCUGAGCGACGGCGGGGACCCGGGACUGAUCCCUAGCAAGAGGGCCCGCCUGGAGGAAGAGGAAGAGAGCAUGGAGGCGGACCCGGACGAGGAGGCGGCGGCGGCGAGGGUCGCCGAUCGCCUGCUGCCCGCCCCGGCGCAGAGCGAGAGCGCCUUCCCCAACCUGGCCCAGGUCCUCCAAAGGCGCUUCUCCGGUCUCCUGCACUGCAGCCCCGCCAGCCCCCCGACGGCGCCGGCGCCGCGCGAGGCCAAGCCGGCCUGCCGCCCGCAGGACAGCGUGCUCAACGUGCUGGUGCGCGCCGUGGUGGCCUUCUGAGCACCCGAGCGGCGGGCGCUUGCCGGAGCCCAGAACGCGCGCGCGCGCGAACUGAACCGUCGUCGGCCCGAGGGCGCGGACGCGGGGACGAGCCUCUCUCCCCGCCACUCAACACACAGAGGCGCGCUCACGCCCUGGAUCGAGGGGGCGGCGCGGAAAGGAGCGGCGCGGCUCGCCCGGGAGAUGCCGAGCAUCCCGGAGGGGGGAACCCUGGCCGUGUGCGCGCGCGCCCCCCCUCCCCAAACCCGGAGGAGCCGGGGGCGCAGGCGCCUUCCGCGGACCACAGGUGCUGUCUAAAUGGACCGAGACGUGGGCCUUAACCCUCUCCCGGACCGGGAGCCAGGGGGAGUGGGCUUGGACCUUUCAUUUCCUCAGGGUCGGACUUGAUUUUGUUGUUUUUUUUUUUUUUCCCACCGAGGGCUCAACGCCGGCCUGCCAUGGUUUUUCUUUCAAGAGUCGCCGUGUGCCGUGGCAAAGUCCCAGGAGACUCUUCCCCCCCCUCCAGGGACAUACUUGUGCAGGCGGUCAGCGUUGCGUCACGGGGCCGCUUCCUGUUGGCGUGCGUGGGUGCGGGGCCUGGGAGGGAGGGUCCGGGGUGUGGAUCCGCCCCGCCAUGGGUGGAGGGCAGUCUGAUCACCUCGCCCACGCCGCCCGCUGCUGGUUCAGUGUCCCACGCCCGGCGCGCCCCUCCCCCCCGGGGUGGUGGUGGCUGGGAAGAGAGGUGAUUUCUCUGGUCUUGUGCAGGUGGCGGUGCCCCCCACUCCCACCCUCAGUACGUGCCCACGGCAGGCCUAAGCUGGGGGACCGGUUGGCGGCCAUGGCUGGCCCGAUUUGGGGGUGGGGGUCGGGGAUG